AUGCUGCGUCGCCUCUUUGCUUCCACAUCGAAGCUGCCGAUCAGAGCGGCAACGACGGCAGUAGCAGCUCCCACUCCCACUCCCACUCCCACACCCGCACCCACUCCCCUUGCCUCCCUCUACUCCCGUCUGCUACAUACCACUCCUCGCCUGCACUCUCCCCCACUUCCCAUUCCCCAUCCGCGGCCAGACAUCGCCACACCAAUUCAGUUCCUCAAGGCCAUCUCUUAUCCUCCGCAUAGGGACCUCUCCACCGAUGGAGGACUUACAGCUUUGAUGGGAGAGGGGGAAGGAGAAUGGCAAAAGCUAUGGGAGCUCAAUGGUCAAAGGCUUCGCAAGGCUGGUGUGCCCAUCAAACACAGGAGGUACCUUCUAUGGGCAAUGGAGAAGUUCCGACAAGGUCUGGAUCCCCAAGAGUACAAGAUCAGGCCAAAGAAGAAGAAGGUCGUAAGAGGAUGGGGACCUCGUGUGCAAAAGGGCAUUCGAGUCAGUGGACGCAAGAGGCCUGGAGAGAAGAGCCCGCCCUCGCGAUAA